AAAUUACCAACAAAUUAAAUUAUUGGUCGUAAAAACUUUACGCUUUCAAUUCGCGUUCAAUCACCACCAUUUUAUAAUCAACGAUAAAAAAGAAUUGGCAAAAAAUGGAAUCAUUAAUACCGAUUAUAAACAAACUACAAGAUGUAUUUAAUACGAUCGGUGCUGAAAGUAUUCAGUUACCACAGAUUGUUGUUGUCGGUACACAAUCAUCUGGAAAAUCAUCGGUAUUGGAAUCGAUUGUUGGACGUGAUUUUUUACCACGUGGAGCUGGAAUCGUCACUCGUCGUCCAUUGAUAUUGCAAUUACAGUAUGUUGACAAGGAUGAUAAAUCGAUGCGAGAUGUAUCCGAAGGAACGAUGAAUUUGGAUGAAUGGGCCAAAUUUUUACACACGAAAAACAAAGUCUAUUCCGAUUUUGAAGAUGUACGUCGAGAGAUAGAAGCCGAAACUGAACGAAUAACUGGAAAUAAUAAGGGCAUCUCUCCAGAACCAAUUAAUCUCAAAAUUUACUCUUAUCGAGUCGUUAAUUUGACUUUGGUUGAUUUGCCCGGCAUAACCAAAAUUCCAGUUGGUGAUCAACCAUUGGAUAUUGAACAACAAACACGUGAAAUGAUUUUAUCUUACAUAUCUAAUCCGAAUUCAAUAAUAUUGGCUGUAACACCAGCGAAUACAGAUUUUGCUACAUCGGAAGCGUUGAAAAUUGCUCGUGAAGUUGAUAAAGAUGGACGACGUACGCUUUCGGUAGUGACUAAAUUAGAUCUUAUGGAUGCUGGUACAGAUGCGAUUGAUGUUCUUUGUGGCCGUAUAAUUCCUGUAAAAUUAGGCAUCAUUGGUUGUGUGUGUCGAUCACAGCAAGACAUAAUUAAUAAGAAAUCUAUUGAAGAUGCAUUAAAAGAUGAAGCCAUUUUUUUGCAAAGAAAAUAUCCUUCAUUGGCCAACCGCAACGGAACGGCUUAUUUAGCUAAAACAUUGAAUAGACUUUUGAUGCAUCAUAUUCGCGACUGUUUACCCGAAUUGAAAACUCGUGUUAACAUGCUCAUUUCACAAUUUCAAUCGGUUAUGAAUUCCUAUGGAAUGGCUAUUGAUGAUAAAGGUCAAACUUUACUGCAAAUAAUAACCAAAUUUGCAUCUUCAUAUUGUUCUACAAUCGAAGGUACUGCUAAUAAUAUUGAGACAGCCGAACUUUGUGGUGGUGCUCGUAUCUGUUAUAUUUUUCAUGAGACAUUCAGUCGUACUUUAGAUUCUAUACAUCCUUUAUCUGGUCUAACUACUAUCGACAUUUUGACAGCCAUUCGAAAUGCUACUGGUACUCGCCCAGCUUUGUUUAUACCCGAAGUAUCAUUCGAAUUGUUGGUCAAGCGACAGAUUCGUCGUUUAGAAGAGCCAAGUCUUCGAUGUGUCGAAUUAGUUCACGAAGAGAUGCAACGCAUUAUUCAACAUUGUGGUACCGAAGUACAGCAAGAAAUGUUGCGUUUUCCAAAACUUCAUGAAAAAAUUGUGGAUGUUGUUACACAAUUAUUGCGACGACGUCUCCCUACGACUAACGAUAUGGUCGAAAAUAUUGUCGGCAUCGAAUUGGCUUAUAUUAAUACAAGACAUCCAGAUUUUCAUGAUGCCCAAUUGGUCAGUUCAUUAUUUAACAAACAGACGAAACAAAUAAACAAAGAAUAUGAACAACAACGGCAUCAACAACAACAACAACCAAAAAUGAUGAACAAUGAUAUGACAUUCAUCCAUAAUAUGCAACAACAUAAUGCUCAGAAUCAAACAUUUGUUAAGCCUGUUAGUGGAAGUGGAAGUCAGCCGAAUUUAUUUCGAUCAUUUGUGUCGAAUAAAGGCGAAACCUUAAAUAACAAUGUAAAUGAUAUUGAAAAUUCAUCACAAAGUUCUACUAAUGCUAACACACCAAUGGCAUCGCCUGUCAAAUCAGUGAAUCUACUUCCAGAAGUGUUUUUACAGCCCAGCACAACAAAUGUUCGAAAACUUACACCGAAAGAGGAACAUGACUGCCAAGUAAUUGAACGUCUGAUUCGCUCAUAUUUUUUGAUCAUUAGAAAAAACAUUCAAGAUUCUGUUCCAAAAGCCAUAAUGCAUUUUCUGGUCAACUUUGUUAAAGAUAACCUUCAAUCAGAAUUGGUUACACAUUUAUAUAAACAGGAAAAUUUUGAUAAUUUAUUGAAAGAAUCAGAUCAGAUUGCAAUUCGCCGUCAGGAAGCAAAUGAAAUGCUUAAGGCUUUACAACGAGCAAAUAUUAUAAUUGGAGAAAUUCGCGAGACACACAUUUGGUAGAU